AGUUGAACCGUAAUUGCUACAAACGAUGUGCUUCAGCAAGAAAAAACUCAAGUAAGUCUCUUAAGAAUUUACUUCAACAUAUAUAUAUAUAUAUAUAUAUUAUUUCAAUUUUCAACCACCAGUCAAAAUAUACAAAAAGUACAUAUGAAAAAACAAAGAAAUUCGUGCUGUCACGACAACAUUAGACAAAGAAAUGCACGUUGUGUGUGGUGAGGUGGGGGGGUCUCCCCAUUGGACGGUUGGUUCUCUGUAUUAUUCAGUACUCUUAAAACUUUAAAAUAAAUUAUAACACCACAUUGUAAUAUAUAAUCCAAUACAUACUUUGUAUUAUAAUUCUCCCUUCUUUCUUUCUUUCUUUCUCACUUUGGUUCAACGAAAUCACAAUAUUCGUAAUCUAAUUUGUUCUGGUUACUACUAUUGUUGUUAUUAUCCAGAUGAGGACGUUGUGCCCAAAUUUGGAUAACGAGGAUGGACUUGAGACAGUGCUUGAAGUUCCAAUUCCAGAAGAAAUGUUUGUUAAUGCACAUAAACAUAAGUCAUGGCAAAACAUGAAGUCUUGGAUCAAAUCUCAUAGUACUACUCAUCAUCAUGGUCAUGAUCAUCAUAAUUAUAAAUCAAGUAGUACUACUACUAAUGUUGUUUCAGUUAUUGGUGGAAGAAAUGCUGAGAUUCAACUAUUGCUUGGUGUUGUUGCUGCUCCUUUGAUUCCUCAUCCUAUACAAUGCAAUCACUCUCUCAACAAAAAUAUUAAUGAUCAUCCCAUUGAGACUUCAAUGGCGAAAUACAUAGUGCAACAAUACAUAGCUGCCGCAGGAGGAGAACAUGCUUUGAAUUCAAUUAAUAGUAUGUACGCGAUGGGGAAAGUGAAGAUGAUGGCGUCUGAAUUUAUAGAAGGAGAUGGUCUUGGAAUGAACAAUGGCAAGGUGAUGAAGAUCAAGAGCGCGAAAAAUGGGGCUGGUGAAAUGGGAGGAUUCGUGUUGUGGCAAAAAAGACCUGAUCUUUGGAGCAUCGAGCUAGUUGUUUCAGGAUGUAAAGUCAGUGCUGGAAGUGAUGGUAAGGUGUCUUGGAAACAAACUCCAUGGCAUCAUUCUCACGCGUCUCGUGGUCCUGCUAGACCUCUUCGUCGUUCCUUACAGGGUCUUGAUCCAAGGUCUACUGCUGAUAUGUUCUCCGAUUCAAUCUGCAUAGGCGAAAAAACAGUGAAUGCUGAAGAUUGCUUCGUACUAAAAUUUGAAGCAGAACCCUCAACUCUAAAGGCAAGAAGCAGCAGCAAUGUUGAAAUUAUGAGGCAUACUGUUUGGGGCUAUUUCAGCCAAAGAACAGGACUGUUAGUCAAACUUGAAGACACACAUCUUCUUAGACUAAAAGCACCAAAAGAUGAUGUCUUUUGGGAAACAACAAUGGAAUCAUUCAUCCAAGAUUAUCGAACAAUCGAUGGUGUUAACAUUGCAUAUGCUGGGAAAACAUGUGUUUCUUUAUUCAGAUUCGGCGAAAACUCAGAAGGACAUACAAGGACUAGGAUGGAAGAGGUAUGGACAAUUGAAGAAGUUGAUUUUAACAUAAAAGGACUAUCUUUGGAUUGUUUUUUACCACCUAGUGACUUGAAGAAAGAUGAUGAUCAAGCUUGUGGAGUAGUUGAUAUAAAUGAUGAUGAUAAUGAUAUAACCAAGAAUUCAAGUAUUGAAUCCAAGAUUCAUUAUGCUAAUAAUCCUAGAUUUAUAACUGCUUUAAAAGGUGCAGCCAAAAUUAUGGCUAUUGAUGAAGAUUCAGAAGACUAGUAUUGAGACAUGGUGAAGACUUGUAAAUAUCCGUGUUGCUUGACUCUUCAAAAAUGUCGAUGAAUGUGUGUACACGGAUUUGACAUUUGACAACAUUUUUGGAGAGUCCGGUCAACAUGCAGUAUUAAUAUUCUGUGGCCAGUUUUGUACAUAGAGAAUCACAGGAUAUGUUUUGUGUAAAGUGUUUACAUAUACACAUACAUACACAUUUCAGUAACUCUGCUGAAGGUUUGGUUUGAAAGUGAAUUACUAGGGUCAUAUAAUAGUAUAAAUACUCUGAUAAUGUAAAUAACUUUUAUCAAUAUUAUUUUAAUUGCACUUGGAGUUA